GGAGAAGUCCUGUGAUUUUGAUUGGUGCUAAGUACAACUAACUAGUCUUCGUGUUAGGACCAUUCGGUUCUUGUCCAACCUAAAUCAUGCAAACCCCCAACGCUCGUAUAUCAGUUAUGAAAGCGACCAGGACACUUUUAGAUCCAUCCUCGCUGACAAUCGUAGACGGCGAAAUGGACUCUCAGUGCUGCUCCAUGGUGUCAUACUCUCUCAAAAUUAUUUCCGUUAUCGUAUCGGCGAGGAAUUGCCAGUUAUGCAGCCACCCGGGACGCAGUGUCACCUAUGCAAGGGUUUCAAUUCAUCAAAGUGACUCGUCCAUUUUGAUGGAGGUACACCGUUUACAAAUACUGCCAAGCUUGCCACUAACCGUCCGGGUCUCACCAACUCGAGAUUUUCUUGACUGCCAAGCAUGCAGCCUGGCAGUGACUUUCAACCUUCGUUCUACGGCUUCGUCGAAACUCGUAACGACACAAUGAUCGUGAUUCAAGCUUGCCUCCAAGGCCGCUUACACUUCCGUUGGACCGAUGGCGUCCAUUGGAGCCCGAGCCGCGUCUUAGGCGAGUUUUGGAUCUAUGCGGAGCGACCAGCUUCACCGGGCCGAUCGCAGACCGCGGAGACCGAGUACGAGCCUAUGUCAACGAAAGAUGCUGUGCCACAUCGGCACAAAGAACUGUACGGGCCUUUGGCAAAAUCGUUCAAUUUCAAAGCCGGAGAAUUGGUCAAGAAGACCAUCAGCAUCAAAGAGUCCGGAAAUUCAGGCACGAUCUGGCACGUGGUAUCUUACUACCGGUCCUUGGAUGUUCUCCAAGAUUUGCUGAGGACUCCUUCGAUG